AUGAACGGUUGUAGAGUAACGGUGAGAUCUACCGAAGAAUCCGGUAGUACCAGCGCGAGGCGAAUGCCUAUUUUGAGGCCCGCCAGGCGGCUUCGGGCGCUCGAAUCACGUCCGCAUAUCCGGACCGCCUUUGACUAUCUGCUGGCCCUGCCGGCACUGUUGGUGCACGGGAUGCAGAUUGGGUCGCUUCCAGAGGUCCUGGCCUUAAACUGUGACGAGGUGAGGAUGACGCGGGGAUUUGUAAUGGAGAUCUGUCAUGCUCUAACCGAGCUGUAUCGGUACUGGUCCUUACUUGUGGGGGAUGACCCUGCUAAGAUGCUCCGAAUCGAUGUCCAUAUGCUUCUUACCCCUAGCGUGUCCUCCACGGAUAGGGCUCACAUAAAGGGUCUUGUGCGGAGCGGGGCGGUCUUUGCCAAUUUCUCGACGGCUGAGAGGGCAUCCAUUUGGAAAGAGAUGAAGAGGCUGAGUGUGAUCAUUCUAUCCCUAACGUCAUUUUUCAAAGAUGUCCGAUUCCUGAAGUCCUGUGCCAACGGUGUGAAAAUGCUUGUCACGCCUUCUGAGGAUUCCACGACUAUAAGGAAAGCGCUGCAGGCUGCCUUUCUGUAUAACGACGCGGAAAACACGACUUACUCUGUUGAUGCCGCAGAGCUUUCGUAUCGACAGCUGUGGCUGUAUGCCAUACAUUAUUAUGCAGAACUCUCCAAGUCAUCCCUCAAAAAAGAUACCGCAGGAAAGUUUGGCCACAAUAAUGAAGACCCACAGGUGCUUCAUGGGAUAGCUGCUCUAGCAAAGCGGCUUGGAUUCCAAACGCCCCAGAUCGAGGAGCUCCUCCAACAAUCACCAGAUCGCCUCAUCGCGCGAAACGCACUCCUAUAUGCUCGGCCGCACGACCGCUUUCAGUUUUAUGACAGAGAGCUCGAUCGUCUUGUGGAGCGGAUUACUAAGUGCUUCUUGUUGGCGGUCCCACGUCGCUAUCACCUUAACGACAUCGAGGUGCUUAAUACAACAAAAGUAACCUCUCUUUUCGUGCGAUGGAAUUUCUACAAAACGUUCUUCGGUAAAGUAUCCGUGCCCGGGAAGGAUGAUCGGACGACGAGAUCCGACAGUAUCGGCGUGCUUCCUUCUCCCCUUCUUGUUCUAAGCUUAGCUAGUAAGAGUAGCGACGAGGAUGGCGGGUCUAUACACUAUAUAGCCUUAGAGCUCGCCCAAUUAAGAUAUAACCACUCAAAAGACACACCCCGGAACAAAGCUAAGCGGAAGAGGCUUUAA